AUGGAGGAAGAUGCACGAGACGAUGAAGCCAACAAUAGUGCUUUGUGCGAGUCUUGCAAUGCUGGUGAAGAUUGUAUACUCGAGGGGGAUGCUCCUAGUUCUUCUCGGAGUGGAUGCUCUCCCAACGGCUGGUUUCAGGGUCAUUCAUUCGUAAAGAAACAUUUUCACAAGCCCGCCACAUGUCAUCACUGCUCUGAUUUGCUUUGGGGACUUUUGGGAACGACCGGAAUGAUUUGCGAAACAUGUCCAUUCUACUUUUUCUUUUCAGUAUGCAACUUUUUAGCCCAUGAAAAGUGUCUGUCUCUUAUUGUUUCUCCAUGUACCUGCAUUGUUCCUUUUCUCGUUCAGGAUGCUGUAUCUCAUUGCUGGUCGGAUAUUGGCCAUUUUAAGCGAAAAUUUUGUAACGUCUGUCGUAAACGUCUCGACGACCUUUUAGCGGUCCGCUGUGAGAUCUGCGAGUACUACGCCCACUAUGAAUGUCUUGACUUCGUCGCCGCUGACUGCAAGCAGUGUGCUGUCUCUACUCCUAUGUUUGAUCGAAAGGUAAGCCAUCACUGCAUUUGGUCUCUGGCGUCCUGUUUCUUGUAA